UUAAAGAAGAUGACACAGUUAAAGAGGAUGACACAGUUAAAGAGGAUGACACAGUUAAAGAGGAUGACGUGGUUAAAGAGGAUGACGUGGUUGAAGAGGAUGACGUGGUUGAAGAGGAUGACGCGGUUGAAGAGGAUGACGCGGUUAAAGAGGAUGAUGUGGUUAAAGAGGAUGAUGUGGUUAAGGAGGAAAGUAUGGUUAAAGAGGAAAGCAUAAUUAAAGAAGAAGGUAUAAUUAAAGAGGAAGGUAUAGCUAAAGAAAAUAUCGUUAGCGAAAAAGAUUAA